AUGGCAUCAAAUCGUGACUCUAUCGCCUCUAACCCGGCGCCUGCCAACGAGGACAGCAGCGCCGAUGUUACAGCCGCUGUUGAAGACCUCUUGAAUUCCCUAUCCAACAAAUUUGCUGGGGUCUCAUCCGAGAUAUUCGCCAAGAGUGAGUAG